UUUCCUUCAUUUUUAGUCAAGGUGCGGUUGGAGCCCCACCUCUCGAAUGACAACAGCCAACUAAUCCAUCGCAAAGUGUUGAAGUCGUAUGCAGACCCAAGUCUUCGAUUGUAAAUUUGUAACUUUUCUGCACGUCUAAUUCGAUUGGAUCUAUAACUUGGCUAUGCCAUAUCUAAGUUCGAAAGGAUAAGGAAGUUGGAGAGGAACCAGAGAAGAUGGCCCAAGCAGAUUGCAAUUCCAGCAGGGACAACAGAUGGCUACUCCAAGGAAUGACAGCUCUUGUCACCGGUGGAAGUAAGGGACUCGGGCAUGCUAUUGUGGAGGAAUUGGCAGGGCUAGGUGCCACCAUCCAUACAUGUGCGAGGACUGAGUCUGUGCUCAAUGAAUGCUUACAGGAAUGGAAGAUGAAGGGUUUCAAAGUCACGGGUUCGGUUUGCGAUGUUUCCUCUAGAACUGAACGAGAGAAGUUAAUGAGCACGGUCUCCUCUCAGUUCGAUGGGAAACUUAAUAUCCUUGUCAACAACGUUGGGAUACUAUAUUUUCAGAGGACCCUUGACGUCACUCCCGAAGAUAUCUCACUUUACCUGAGUACCAACUUCGAAUCUGCCUAUCAUCUGUGCCAACUUGCACAUCCUCUUUUGAAAAACUCAGGAGCAGGAAACAUCGUCUUUAUGUCUUCUGUUUCUGGUGUGGUAUCAGUGAGUGUUAGCCUAUAUGGAGCAACUAAAGGAGCAAUAAACCAACUUACAAAGAACUUGGCAUGCGAGUGGGCGAAAGACAAUAUAAGGGCUAACUCCGUUGCGCCAUGGUUAAUCAGAACUCCACUUGUUGAGCGUGAUCUGGAGAAUGAAUUGUUUUUGAAGGCUGUUGAGGCCCGCACUCCAAUGGGACGACUCGGAGAGCCGAAGGAAGUGUCUUCUUUGGUGGCAUUUCUAUGCAUGCCUGCAGCCUCUUAUAUAACAGGACAAGUCAUUUGUGUUGAUGGAGGAUUUACUGUGAAUGGUCUCACUUUGUAAACUUGAAUUAGAACCAUUUCGUGAGGGAUGUGGACGAUGGACGGUCCGUCGUAUUUCCUUGCUAUUACCAUAUGCAUGUAUUUAAGUCUCUUAUGCUGGUUGUAUUUGGGUCUUGAGAAAUAAAGAAGAAGUCAGUUUUUUUCCA